AGUUUUUUAGUAUUUCGCGGUUGAAUUUCAAAAUUCCUCGCUCCUUCAAUUUUGAAUGUCGCCAUUUUUUUGGUGCGGAACUCUUUGAUCUAACUGCCGUUGUCAUGGUGAGGCAAAUUUAUUAACGGGCGCCAUCUUGAAAGGUGGCAAAAAAGCGAUAUUCUUAAUAAAGUCCAAGUAAAAUGUAAGUUUUAAAUGAAGAGUUCUGUCGAAAAUUUUGGAAGCAAACCUAAACUGUCACCUUUUCACUUAUGUAUCAACAUAGGAGAAGCCUGUUUUAGACCUAAAUCUUGUCAGUUUUAAGAACUCAAGGUUAUAUAGAGGAACUACUCCGACCAAUAAUAAUAUUUGUUGUUUGUAAUAAAGAGUAUAAAUGCUGCUCUGUAAAAUAAUAAAAAUCAGUUCCAUCAUUAAGUUCACUCGUGGUGGUUACUGAGAUAUAAAGUAUACUAAGAAAGAGAUAUGGCGAGUAACUCGAACUCAACAAACAUGGAAGAAAGGCAUUCGUGUUUGAUUCAUUGCGAAGAUGACGGCGGAACACUGACGAAUUUUACACCAACAUCGUUUAAACGGUUCCUGGAAUGCAGAAAGCAAUGGCUACAACUUGAUGGACGACAGAAAGACGUAGCCUUGGAAACCACGAAUGUGAUUCCUAUCGAGGAGUUAGAGGAUAACUUGGGAAGUUACGAGCGUUACUUUUACCAUUCACGUUGUUAUUCGGCAUUUACGAAUAAAACUUUAAUACAUCGAGCACAACGACGCUCUGAAAAGAGUGCAAAAACGUCAACCGAUACAGAGCCUUCUACGUCUGUACAGCAGGAAGGACCAUCUCCAGAAAAGAUAAUGCUGCGAUCAAAAUCAUUCACUGUUGAAAGAAUUAAGGCAAAGAGCCAGCACGUGUUACCUCCAACCUGUGUCAUUUGCAAGAAAGAGCAUUCAUACUACACUGACAGGGUAGGUAAACGUAGCUGUAAAUCACGCACGGGUGGCACUAGAGUAUGGAGCUGGGGGCAGAAGUUGUUUUUUGCAACUCGACUUUCGAAUUUGGAUAGGGAAUAUAUUGUAAAAAAAUGCAAAAAACCUCUACUGCUUUAAUUUCAAAUCAGCCAAAACUGAAUACAUUAAAGCAAGGAUUUGUAAUGAUAGCUAAGACCCGUGAAAUUGACAUUGCAAAUGUUUUGUCGUACAGUCUUGGCACGUACCCGCUUUCCUUGGCAACCACUUCUGGAAGUCUUGUUAAAACAACCAAAUCAAAGUUAUUUGAAAUUUUUGAAGGUGACCACCUCACGUGCAAGUUUAAUGGAGAACACUGUGAUAACAAUGCACUCAUUGUCGAUGCCAUGGCUCUUAUCCAAACAAUGAAGAGCAAAUGGAAAACGUUUGGAGAAUUCUGCGAUGCUAUUUUUAAUAACGUAUUAAAGUUGGCCAAAGACUGGAAGGCAACAAGAGUUGACUUUGUUGCGGAUAGAUACCUUCCCACAAGUAUCAAGGAAUCGGAAAGGAACAGAAGAUCCGAAAACACUGGAAUUCAGAAAAUUCGUGUAUUCGACAAAAACCAACAUGUUCCAAAGCAGUGGAAAAAGUUUCUUGCUCUGGGCGAAAACAAAGAGUCUUUGAUCCAGUUUCUUUGUGAACACUGGGGCAAUUACGUAUCAUCUUGUCUCGGACAUCUGUCAUCGUUGUAUGUAACGUCGAAGGAUAAAUGCUAUUGCAUUACUCGAGCUAGAUCAGAUGAGGAUAAAGUGGAAUGCAAUGAAAUGUAUGAAUUGGAGUGUAAUCACGAGGAAGCUGACACUCGGCUGUUACUACAUGCAAAUCAUGCUAAAGAAACCAACGAAAGAAUCAUAAUCAAAAGCCAAGAUACAGACGUUUUGUGUUGUCGAUCGCCAUGCAACGAAUUAUUAACAAAGAAAUAUGCUUCAUGA